GUUAGACCCGUCUACUCAGCCACUCACUGGAUAGAAGGAAAGAGGAGGGAGAGGAAGCUAUUUACUUAAUUUAGUCCCCAUUCAUCCUUAGGAACGUCAGCAGCAGAGUAGAUCCACUGAGGAGCUUUCUGUCCUCCAGUUCAGAAAGGAAUGCAUGGAGGGUCUGUCCAAAAUUGUGAAGAAGAUUCAAGAGAAGAGCCCUUUGAAAUUCCCAACUGUAAGGCAAAUGACUUGUCUUAACCCAGCUGUGAUGUAUUCAAAUCCAGAAUUGUGUCAGGGCCAGAUGAAGUGUCUAGUCAAAAGGUUUCUUCAAGACAAGCAGUUAGAUGGGGUUGCUACAGGUGAUCUGAUCAUUCAGCAAUUUUCACAAUUGUUGUCCCUGGAGGUGAGGAAUGAGAAGUUCCUGUCUUUCAAGCCCCUCGAGAAGAGGCUGGAUGUGUUCCUCCAUCCUUAUAUAAGUCAGCCCUACCCACAGCUCUGGGCUUUCAUCAGAAACCUUCUGCUCCUCUCCCAUGGGCAGGCUACAGUGGAGAGGGGCUUCUCUAUCAAUAAACAAGUAGAAACUUGUAAUAUCCAAGAGGACACUGUCAUUGCACAAAGAGUUGUGUGCGAUUACGUGUCCAUGCAUGGGGGUGUUAACAAGGUGCCCCUCACACCAGAGCUCCUGUCUUCAGUCACAUCAGCAAGGGUGAGGUACAGGAUGCAUCUUGAAAGUGAACGAAAGAAAAAAGAAUCUCAAGCACAUAGUCAAAGAAGAAGAAUAAUUGAAGAGGAGUUGGAGCAGCUAAAAAAGACAAGACAGACCAUCCAGGAAGUUGCGGAGCAUCUGAGGAGGGAUGCAGACAAGAUGGCAGAGGAGGCUGAGGACAAACAAGGCAGCAAAAUGGCAGAGCUAAUUGCCAAGUCAAACGCGUUGAGAAGAAGCUACAAGCAGAAGUUGACAGAACUUGAGAGCCUGGGCGAAAAAAUUGCAACCAAGGCAGCAGAGCUGCGAAGACUGUAGUGUUCAACACCAAGUUCAAAUAUAUUUGUUUUUUACAAAUCAAAUGUGUUACGCUGUUGCGUAUGUAUUAAAUAUAACUGAUAAUUUAAAUAAAAUGUUUUAUUUAAUUCAAGUAGUACUUGUACAUAAUUAUUUUCUAGGGUUGAAAAUUUAUACAGAUUUGACAUUUUCCCGUCAUACUUCUGUCAGAAUGGGUACAAAGUUGGCAUUGAAUUUCAUUUAAAAUGGUAUUAAAAAGGUCUUAAAAAGCCUUGAAUUUCAUUUGGAGGAUCCUGGGGGUACC